CGCUACGGCUCGCCGUCUCCAUCCGCUGAGCUCCACGCUGGUCGAGCAAGCUCUAGAGAGAGAGAGAGAGAGAGAGAGAGAUGGCCAGCAGCGGCGUCGUGGCCGCGGGCGUCGCGGGCGGCGACGUCGUGUUCUGCGUGGCCAUCGCGUGCCUGUCGCUGCUCUCCAUGAUCAUCUUCGCGGCGGCCGGCUCCUCCGCGGGGGGCGGCGGGGGGAAGCGCGGGCGCGCGGGCGGGCCGGUGUUCGUCAGCGGGAAGGGCUGCGGCUGCGGAGCCUGCCGCGCGGGCGCCGGCGUCUGCGGCACCUACCUGGCAUGACCGAGCACGCGCCAACGCAGCCGGCGAUCGGCGCGCGCGCAGGCUCGCCGGCGUGCGCGGUGCUGUACAUACCCACACGCGCACGGCAAGGCACGUGCAAAAAAUAAGCAGCGGGGAGCUUUGCUCCACUAUGCCCAUGGCUGCUGCUGCUCUUGUUUUUCCUUUUCCCUUUGUUUUUUCUAUCUGAGGACAGCCCUGCUUCGAUACCGUCAGCGUUAUUCCUGCUAAAUAUCACGCUGUUAAUAUAAUCAUCUUCACUGCCACUGCUUCUGAUCUGUAUCAUCUAGAAGAAAUCGAUCUUUUUUUUUUGGUGAA